AUGUGUGGUCGAUAUGGUCACAAAAGGGAACACUGUGAUGUGCAAGAUGUUACCCCUGUGGAGAAAACUGGUGCUAGAUCCAAUAUGGGUAAUGAUGGUUUGGUAGGAGGUGAUACUGUAAUGGGGAAAAAGGGUUUUGAUAAUGGUAUUGAGAAUUUGUGUGGGCCAUUGAUGAAUGUUCCAGAUCAAAGGAGACCUAAAGGUGUGACUUAA